GGCAGGUCGAUAACAAAUAUGGCGUGAGAAGACGACAUUAUCUGGAAUGCAUUCGCUUUAGUGGACGAUUUUGCAGGAUAAAAUUGUGAAAUUGACACGAUUUCUGCCCUCGCAAGUGGAGAGUCAAGUGCCGUGUGUGAUAUGCUUGCGGGUGGAACCCUGAGCGCCCUUUAAACUGCACGAAAAUGAGUGAAGUGAGUAUUUCCUCUGCGAGAGCUUCGGUGAUGGUGUAUGAUGACAUCAAUAAGAAAUGGAUUCCCAGUGGAGGAACUUCAGGGAUGUCGAAAGUGCAUAUAUACCAUCAUCAGAUCCAUAACACCUUUAGAGUAGUUGGCCGAAAACUACAAGAUCAUGAGGUUGUCAUUAACUGUGCCAUUCUGAAAGGUCUUAAAUACAACCAAGCGACUCAAACCUUUCAUCAAUGGCGAGAUAACAAGCAUGUUUAUGGCCUCAAUUUUAGCAGUAAAGAAGAUGCAGAUGCAUUUGCACGUGCCAUGAUUCACGCACUUGAGGUGUUGGCGAGUGGUAUCAACAGGAAUCCCAUUCCUCCACCUGCUCCACCUCAACAAUAUGUUCAAAGCAAUGGUCAAUAUGAUGAUGACAUGGGUGGAUACAGGUCAACACAAAAUAUGGAGAUGGAACGUCGCAUGUCUCAACAGUCCCAGAUGUUGAGCAGCCCCCAGGCCGCGACUCCCCCGGGCCACCACCGCACCUCCUCGGCGCCGCCCGCCCCCCAGCCAGCCCCCGCGCCCCCUAUGAUGGGGGGUGGGGCGCCGCCACCGCCCCCGCCUCCCAUGUCCAACAUGUCACGAUCCUCGAGCUCUGACGGACAAGAAGCCGGUUCGCUCGCGGCCCAGCUCCAGAGUGCACGCCUUAAGAGGGCCAACAACAACGCCAGUAAACAACCUGCUGAAAACAGUGGCUCGAGUACAAGUAGUGGAGGAAGUAACUAUGGCACCCUAGGCCGUAGCCCCAUGGGCAUGGCAAGCAUGAUGGAUGAAAUGGCCAAGACUCUUGCUAGGAGACGGGCUGCUUGUGAAAAGAAAGAACCGGACCCUGCCGUGGAUGAUCAAGAUAAGAAGCAGUGGGACAAGAAUAGUGGUGGCAAACUUGCUAAUGGUGGAGAAUCACCGAAACCAGGGCGUAAACGCUUUGGUUCUUCGUCAGAGGAAAACCUCGUGCCCAAAGUUAAUGGCUUGAACAGCGGAGAUGCCAAUGGAGGCUCAAUUGGAGAUUUGGAUGCUCUGAAACAAGAGAUAAUUCGGGAAAUGCGUCAAGAAAUGUCACGUUUGAAACAAGACCUGAUAAAUGUUAUCAAACAAGAGUUGUCAAGACGGUAAUGGGUGUAAUGCUGUGGGAUACUUGCCAAAGCAUCGACUGAACCUGCUGAAGUUUUGUGUUGCUCUUAGGCUGAUAAAUGGUACACAAACAAUUUUAUAUGUUUCAUAUCUAAUAUGAAUGGUUUUGAGAAGUCUGUCUGCAACAUUUUCUUCAAUGUUUUAUGUGUAUUUGGGUGCGAGUUCCGAAUCUUAUUAUCAGGUAUGGUAGUGUAUCUUUUAUUAUGUAUUGUGAUUAAUGCUGGAAGGAAUAUGUCGCUAGAGUUAUGAUCAAAGAAUUUCCUAAUAUCUACUAGGAAAGCAUUUACUUGUUUUACCGCUUGCUGGAGGGAGAACCUGCCAUAUAAAACUCGGCCACUUCGUUCAUAGCAGUGGGGGUACCUAUGUACCGUUGUGUAUAGACUGUGUUACAUGGUUUGAGUGUUGCUGUGUUAUCAUUAGUACCUCUCAUCCAGCUAAGAUUAUAAUACAUGUUAUAUUUAUGUAUACAUAGGUUAUAUGUAAUUUUAAAUGUCUACUUAUGUAUACAUAUUUAUAAAUAAUCAUUCUUAUUUUUGUUUAUUAGUUAACGAUAUUUCUUCAAUGUUCCCUUGGGUGUUAUCAAGCUCUUUCUCCUUCAGAUUUCUGGUGUUUUUUCCUUUUGGGACCAUAUGAUGUAUUUUAAGGGGGAUUUUUUUUUCUACUUAAGAGUGAAUUUGAACAUUUGUGCUCAGUGUGUUAUCUUCAUCAUUUUGGAGUUAGCAUUUGUCUUGUUAAAGUAUUAAAAUUGUGCUUGGUCAUGAGCAUCCAAAUGGCUUUGCUCAAAAGGAACUAAAAAGAGCAGUUAUCCACUUCCUUUGUGUUUUUAAUCCGUGGGUAUUUUUAUCUCAAUAUUUCCUUUCCGUCAUUUAUGGCUUGUUUGUUGUCAGUAUUAUCACUCCAGUGCUUAUUUUUAAAAAAAUGUAUGGCCUUAGAUUGUUUUAUCAAAUGUUGGUAUGAUUUGCAAUAGAAGUUGUAAAAUGUUUUUGGUUUUUUUAAAAUCUUCCUUGAGUUUGCUGUUCUUUGUAGAGUGAGCUUGACAGUGCUUGAGGGAAUCAAGCAUAGAAAAUUUUAAUGCAUUGACUUGUGCUUUUCAAGCAGUUUGCGUGUGUGUGUCAGCUUCUUGCAUGUGUUCAGGCUACACCUGAGUGGAACAGGUUCUUCCUAUUUGUUUUAUCGUACAGAAAUUAUAUGUUGGAAAAUAUUAUUUUAUAUUAUUUAUGCUUUGUAAAGUGUAGUGAGUCAUUUGAGGGAGAAAUGAAUUUUAUUUGCAAAAUCUGUACAUAUUAUUUAUGGAUGGUUAUUUUUGCGCAUUUGUUAAUGAUUUGUAUGUAUAUAAUCAAUGACCUACCUACUUAUGUAUGAAUGGAUGUAACCAUUUUAUCAAUGUACUCUAAUUUGUGCAUUGCAAUGGUUAUGAAAAUAACAUGAUAUGGCCACACUGGAUGAACUAUUACUUUCUAGUUUCAAUUUUUGAAUCUUUAUUUCUGGAUGAGAAGGAAACCUUUGUGCUUCAAUGAAUUCAACACUGCUCUGUUUAAGUGCAGUUUUUAUGAUGAGUGCUUUCUGAACAAUGCAAGCAUAAGCCUUGACUGACUUUUGCAAUGCUGUAAUAUUGUGGCUGUGGAUAUUCCUUGGGUAAGAUUUCUCAACACUCCACUUGAUUGGUUUCCUCUCUUUUUCACCUUGUAUCUUUGUUUGCUUUAGCUGUUUUUCCAGUAGUUUAGUGCUCACUUCCCUACAGUAUUAUAUCUGACACAUGCAUUUCUUUACAUUUAGGUUUAUGGAACAGAAAAGACUUAAUGUUGCUUCUUUUAAUUGUGAGAGAAAUUUGAAGUAUGUUUAUCUAGUAUUUUAAGUAAAAGCCAUGCGUUGAUUACCCCCCUCCAAAAAAAAAGUAUGAGUUGAUAGCUAAGUUUGUCCUGGGUUGGCCCAAGUAGUUUACUCUUUCAAUCAUGGUAAGCUCAUUUUGUUUUCAGUUAUUAGGAAUAGAAGGAAACCUGUAUUCCCCUUUGUAUUUGAAGAAAAACUGUUGACAUUUACUACUUGUUCAUAAUGUUCAUAGCAGAGAUAACCUAAUUGUAGAUUAUCAAUAUUUGAUAAAUUGUGUACUGCUCAAGUGAAAAGAAUUUUGUUUUCACCAAAUCUAAAAACACAAAAUGCUAGUACUUUUUUUUUCUUUUUCAAAGUAGUUCUGUAUUAUCCUAGUAGUGAGCUUUUACACAGGACGCCCUCGCUAUUCCCUGUUGUGACUGUGAUCCCUGCACGCCUCCCUGCAUUCUUUUGAAUCAGGACUCAUUCCUACUCAAAAUCCCAUGGAGAAUGUUAAACUUUGGAUUACAUAUAAGGAUGAACUGUUGUUUGGUUUGUGUUUUAUGUGAAAGUAAUAUCAGUUCCUUCAACUGUAUUCACUCUCAUAUUGGUGCCGAAUGGAAGUAGGAGGUAAUGAAUGUACUAAGUCUUCCCUUGGGUCGUUGCUUCCACUGGUAUCCAUAAACAAAAUGGAAUAAUUUUGAUAAAAAAAAUUUAUCACUCUUUAUUCAUGCAAAGUAAAAAUCCAAUUUAUUUUCCAUCGGUUUCCAUCUGUAUUUUAGCUAUAGCAAAGGUGAAAUAUUCCACAGCACGAAAGGCUUGGUAAACAUCAAUGCUGAGGCGGCUUCCACCUGUAAUUUGCCCCAUGUAUCCCGGCAUUGAUACGUUAUUAACACCGCCACCUAGGUCCUGCUCUGCGUUUAUUUAGACUUUGAAUAUAAAAUUUUAUUUUUGAAUAUCCUUUGCUGAUUUUUUUUUAAUGUUCUCUAUUGCCGAUUUCAGUUAUACUUUUUAAAUUUGUUUUCCAAACAUCAGUAAAUAACACUCAUCAAUGUGUUACUUUUUAGCAGUGGUUAAUGUGCAUUUUUUUCAGUUGUGGAGGGGAUUCAUUCAGCUUUCACUCAGCUUUUUUUUAUUUUUUUACACUUGUAUCAAUAAUUCAAUUAUGUAUGGUUUGCUCCAGUAUUUUUUCCUCCUUUAAACGAAAUUACUAAUUACUUGCUCAAGUGUAUCUUUGAUAUUACUUAGAUAAGAUAUGCAAUGCACAAAUGACUUGUAGUUAUUUUAGGUCUAUCUCCUCGUUUUUAGCAUACCACAUAUUUGAAAGGACCAUCUUCUCUGACCUAGACCUACAUAUUUGUGUUUUGAUGUAAAGUUCACUGCUGUGUGUAAUCUUAUGUGUUAUCUGGUUGCAUUUAGUGUUUUCCUACUGUAAUUACUCAUGCAGGAAGUGUAUUCCUUGUCUCAGUAUUUUGCUGUGGGGCAUCCCAAACAUUAUUUUGCCUCCAUAUGUCAUUGGAGCUAACAUUGGACAACACUAAUUUGGGUUUCUUCUACUUACGCUUGUGCCAGUGUCUGUAAAAUUAAUAGUGCCAAAUGGCGCAGAGUGCUCUUCAAGCGCAAGGCGGAGACCAUGCCUCAUGUAGCUUUGAUGAAAACCAAUUUGGUUUCUUGCUUCUUAUUACUGGGGAAUUUUAUUUGGUUGUCAUUUCAGAUUUGAAUAUCUGAGAAUUGUUCAGGAGUAGCAAGCAUGCACAGUGCAAACCAAAGCUGGUCUUUUUUUUAAAUGUAUAUUUUUAUCGUUUGUCUUAAAGACACAUUAGUGUCACAUAGUCAGAAAUGAGAUUCUUCUAUAUGAGUGCCUCUAAUCAAACCAAAGGUUCUGCAAACUGAAUUUUGAAGAAAUGUGGACAUCUUUAUCUGCCUCCCUUACCUUCUUUCUUUUUAUUAGUGGAGGUUUAAGCUUAUGGUUACCAAGAUCCCAUAAUGCUUGGCUUUCAUGGUUGUAAAGCCAUUUCUCUCAUAUGUCCAGAAAGGUCAACUCUUGCUUGAAGCUUAUCUUAUUGCCUAACUGAAGUGGGACUCAUUGAAUUGUUAAUCUACUGUAUGCUUUAAAGUCACCCUGGGAAUCAGUUACGGUAGCAUUAAGUCUUUCAACCUGGUAAUGGUAAUGUUGGCUUAGUUUUCAACUGCCUAACCAGUGCUUUUUGCUCUACACUAAUCAACUAGAGGAGUAUGCUUAUUUCAAUAACAAGCACAUAGUCAGUACUUUUAAGUCUAGUUUAGUAAGCGUUCAAUGGGUAUUUUUCCUUUAAAAUGUCUUAUUGCUGUAAUUUAUUUCUUCUUCUCAUGUUUCAUAUGAUAGAACUCAAUGUGUUUGAAUUUUAACUGGGAAUUCAAACCUUUAAGUAUUUGUUAAUACUGAAUAUUGAACAAAUACCAGCAGUGUUAUUUCAUUUCCUUCUGAGGUUAUGACAUUUUUGUAUUUCUAGAGAAAUAUAUUGCAGUGUACUUUGAAGUUACUGUAAUAAUUAAGUUUUUCUCCUGUGUGCCAUGAAGCAAUUUGUGUAAUUUAAAAUUUCAUUCAGCCCAUGUGUUGUAUUUUCUGAUAGGACUCACCGAGGCCCAGAUUUAUACUCCAUGGCCCAUAUUUACGAAUCUUGUAAUCCUUCGUGAUGAUGAACUUUCAAAAGUUGUAACAGGCCAUGCAUUCAAUAAUACUUAAAUUUAUUUAUUUUUACUUUGCUGUCUUUCUUCAUUUUGCUUUACUGGGCAGACCUUGACAGCUUGGUUCUUGGUUGAAUGGUAUGAUAUUGUGAGGGGCUGGACUUGAAUUUUAAAUUUUAUUUCCUCUUUUUUAAUUGUGGUCUCUCUUUUGUUGUGUGAUGAGGUUAUCCCUUAAGAAAUGUCUUGAACACAUGUGAUUUAUUUCGUAGCCAAUAUUUUAUGUAAAUAUGUAUUUUUUUUUCCUUAGAAAAUUUUCUUUAGAGUAAUUAGAGCACAAUUACCUUUUCCUUUUCCUAAAAAAACAAGCCUCAUUUAGAUGCUCUGUUGAUCAAAAGACUCAACUGUUUUGCUGAGCAGAGUUCAAAGACUUUGUGAUGAGAAAAUGCUACCUUAAUCAUUUCUUUUUUCUGUAAUACCAUAUCAUGGUAAGCAAAGCACACUAUUGCACAUUAUUUUGCAUGAACCUUCUCUGAACAUAUUAACCUUGUGGUAGUGGUUCUAUUCUGAUCUCAUUUCAAUCACAUAUGAUUUUGUGAAAAAAAAAAUUGUUUUCCCCCACUGAGCCCGUUAAUUACAAAUAUGUAAAUGUGUAAAAUACAAUAUUCUAUAGAUGUAGGAUGUGACCUAACUUUUUCUUUGUUUUCUUUCUUUUCUUUUCUUUUUUGUUUUUGUUUCUGCUAUACCUUUGGACUGGGUAGCAAACACAAUCAUACACAACUGUGGAUGCCAUAUUUCCUGUCAUUUUGCAUCGUAUUUUCAAUAAACUGAUAAAUGAAAUGCAAA